AUGACAAAGACAUUAGAAUUCUUUGAGUUGAAUACAGGGGCCAAGAUCCCUUCACUUGGGUUUGGCACCUUUAUUACUGAUCCUCAUAUCAAUAUUGCAAAAACUCUCACCACUGCGAUUCAGGUUGGAUAUAGGCAUUUUGAUUGCGCAACCAGGUAUUGCAAUCAAGCUGAGAUUGGUCAUGCUCUCAAGAAGAUUUUUGAUGAAGGAAUGGUAAAACGUGAAGAUCUAUGGAUCACCUCCAAAUUAUGGUGCUCAGAUCAUGCCCCUGAAGAUGUGCCAAAGGCAAUAGAUAGAACUUUACGGGAAUUGCAACUUGACUACGUAGAUCUCUAUCUAAUACACCUUCCAUUCAGCAUGAAGAAGGGAUCAAUUGGAACAAAGCCUGAAGAUUUUACAAUACCAAACUUAGCCAACACAUGGAAAGCAAUGGAGGCAUUAUAUGAUUCUGGAAAGGCUAGAGCUAUAGGAGUAAGCAAUUUCUCUUCAAAGAAGCUUCUAGAUCUAUUGAACAUAGCAAGAAUCACUCCUGCUGUUCACCAAGUGGAAUUGCACCCUGGAUGGCAACAACCCAACUUGCAUGCAUUAUGUCACUCUAAAGGAAUUCAUCUCUCUGGAUACGCACCGAUUGGUUCACCUGAAUUUUGCAAAAGUGACAUACUAAAGAAUUCAGUUAUCGAAAGGGUUUCUAAAAAAUUGAGGAAGACUCCAGCACAAGUGUCUCUUAGGUGGGGCUUGCAAAUGGGACAUAGUGUGAUUCCAAAGAGCACUAAUGAUAUCAGGAUCAAGGAAAAUUUUGAUAUCUUUAAUUGGUCUAUACCUCAGUACCUAAUACCCCUGUUCUCUCAAAUUAAACAGGAAAGGUUACAUACGGCAUCUACACUUGUUCAUGAGACCUAUGGUCCCUAUAAGACAGUAGAAGAAUUUUGGGAUGGUGAAUUGUGAGAAGGACAAUAGAUUGAGAGACCUACAAGUUUUAUAGAUUGAGAGACAGUAGAAGUUUUAUUUUUAAUAAGAUAUUGGACUAUGAUUUCCUUUUACCGAAUUUA